CUCUCUCUAUUCUCUCCUCCGUCCUCCAAUUCCCAUCUCCAAAUCCUCUCCUCUCCUCUCCAUCCCUCAAAAUCCCUGUUUUUAACAGAGCCGUGACCAAAAAGGUGCGAUUUUUAACUCGAAAUCUCCUCCUCGGGGCGGCUUCUAAAGGUUCGAUUUAAGGCUGCGGCGGUGGCAGGCGAAAGCCCUAGCUUUUACCCCCUUUUAUCAGAGGAAGAGUUGACAAAGGCGGGGCCAAAGAGAGGCGGGCUAGGAAAGGAGGGGAAUCCGAUGAUUCGCGGGUCCUCGUUGACCGCCCCCCGUCCUCGGAGGCCGUGACGGGCCCUCGUCUCUCGCCCCGAGAGGGAAGGAUGCGGAUCGGUGGGUAGAUAGCCGCGGUGUGGUUGGAAGGCGGGGAUGAUGGCCGUCGGUGGUGGCGGUGGGGAGGAGAUGGAGAGGGAUUUCGAGGCGAAGCUCCGAUUGCAGCAGCCGUCGCCGGCCGGGAUCGGCGGCGGCAAGACGGUGCAGAGGACCAACAGCAUUACCUUCAGGGCGCCGCAGGAACAUUUCACGAUUGACGAUUUCGAGCUGGGGAAGAUCUUUGGCGUCGGCUCCUACUCGAAGGUUGUCAGGGCAAAGAAGAAGGAUACAGGAAAUGUCUAUGCUUUGAAAAUUAUGGACAAGAAGUUCAUAGCAAAAGAAAAUAAAGUAUCUUAUGUAAAGAUGGAGCGUAUAGUACUUGAUCAGUUAGAUCAUCCUGGCAUAAUCGGGCUGUGUUUUACGUUUCAAGAUGCCUACUCACUUUACAUGGCACUUGAGUGUUGUGAAGGUGGAGAGCUAUUUGACCAAAUAACCAGGAAAGGGCAUUUAACUGAGGCUGAGGCUCGCUUCUAUUUUGCUGAAGUUGUUGAUGCUUUAGAAUAUAUUCAUGGUGUCGGAUUAAUUCAUCGGGACAUCAAGCCAGAGAACUUACUAUUGACAACUGAUGGACACAUAAAAAUUGCUGACUUUGGCAGUGUGAAGCCCACCAGGGAUAGUCAGAUAACAGUUCUUCCAAAUUCAGCAAAUGAAAAAGCAUGUACUUUUGUUGGAACUGCUGCAUAUGUCCCUCCAGAAGUUCUUAAUUCUUCUCCAGCAACGUUUGGGAACGACCUUUGGGCCCUUGGAUGCACCUUAUAUCAAAUGCUUUCUGGUUCAUCUCCCUUUAAAGAUGCUAGUGAAUGGCUUAUUUUCCAAAGAAUCAUAGCAAGAGACCUCAGGUUUCCUGAGUACUUUUCACAUGAAGCAAAGGACCUUAUUGAUAAGUUAUUGGAUAUAGAACCCAGUAGAAGACCAGGUGCUGGACCUGAUGGUUAUACCUCUCUCAAGAAGCAUCCUUUUUUCAAAGGAAUUGAUUGGAAGAAUCUGCGGAAGGCUCCAGCACCACGACUUGCUCUGGAGCAGGAUACCACUGCGGAUUAUGACAGUCAGGACACUUCAUGGAAUCUCACGCAUAUUGGAGGUUCUCCAGCUCACCAACAUCUCACACCAGAAGGGAAUGCUGGUGCCACAUCAUCUUCCGAAACACAGUCUCAUAUCUCUAAGCUGUCUUCAAUCGACUCAUUUGACUCGAAAUGGCAAGACUUUCUUGAGCCCGGUGAGGGCAUUGUUAUGAUCUCAAGGCUGAAGAAAAUUCAAAAGCUGACUAACAAGAAAGUGCAACUCAUCCUUACUGACAAACCUAAAUUGCUUUGUGUGGAUCCCUCCAAAAUGACAGCUAAAGCAAACAUAAUUUGGUCCGAUAACCCCAGUGACCUCCAUGUCCAAGUAGCAAAUCCGUCACAUUUCAAGAUAUGCACUCCCAAAAAGGUGACUUCAUUCGAGGAUGCAAAACAGCGAGCAUGGCAGUGGAAGAAGGCAAUUGAAGGCCUUCAACACCGUUGAAUCUGCUAACUACCGCAACCAUUCCAGAACAUAAUACUGCUUACAAGUACAAAUUUUGUUCCAAAAGGAUGACAUUAAGAAAUGGGUAAUUAAUAUACCAAUCCCGCUGCUUGCUUCACCAGUCCAGAAUACCAAGUUGUAGAAAAAUUCUUUUCCGGUAUUCUUACUUUCCGCUAAAGUUGAUGAGCACUGAUAUAUGAUUAUAUCUCAAAAUUUUUCUUUGUAGAUCAAAUCAAACUAUUUUAUAUGAGUCAGUAAUUGCUCGUGGGACCGUGACAGAUGCUUACCGCAAAUUUUUCUGGCAUAGAAGUGUAUUAUCAUUUGUAUCUUACAGAUCAUUGUUUCAUAUUUCUGUUAA